AUGCCUAUUGGUUCAAAUAUUAGCCCCGAGACUGAAGUCAGUGAACCAGCAAACAAAAGAUUGAAAUAUGUUGUCUGGAACCAUUUUGAAGCAAUAUAUAUUGAUGGUCUUCGCCGAUUUGCAAAAUGUAAGUAUUGCAAUAAGCAGAUGACCGGUAGACCUAAUGAUGGGACAACACAUUUGAAAGAUCAUUUCAAGAUAUGUCCGAGGAAAGUUACAAAAGACAUAAGGCAACAUAUUUUAGUUCAAGAGCAGACUGCUAAGGAUGGAAAAACAUCUUUAUUGAGUAAUUAUAAUUUUAGUGCUGAAAGCUCAAGAGAUGAUUUAGCUAAAAUUAUCAUUCUUCAUGAUUAUCCACUUUCUAUUGUUGAGCAUCAUGGCUUUCCGAAGUAUUCAAAUGGUCUUCAACCUUUAUUUAAGGUCCCUUGUAGAGCUACAAUCAAGUCUGACAUCAUGAAGAUAUAUGAAACAAAAAGAGGUGGUGUAUUGCGAUGUUUGGAAGAAAACAAAAGUAGGAUUGCUCUUACUUCGGAUAUGUGGACAGCCGGUAACCAAAACAAAGGUUACAUGGCACUAACAGCAUGCUACAUAGAUGCCAAUCGGAAGUUACAAAAUCGGAUUAUCAGUUUUUUACAUGUGCCAUCUCCACACACUGCUGAUGCAUUGUCCCAAGUUAUGUUCGAGUGCUUUAUGGAUUGGAACAUUGACAACAAGUUGUCAACAUUGACACUUGACAAUUGUUCAACAAAUGAUGCUUUGGUUGACAGGCUCUUAGAGAAAUUGUUACCACAGGAUGAAGGGUUUGACAUAUUAAUGUGGUGGAAGUGCGACGGUGUCAAGUUUCCAAUCAUGCAGCGGAUUGCGAGGGAUGUAUUGGCAAUUCCUAUUUCAACAGUAGCUUCAGAAUCGGCUUUUAGCAUGAGUGGAAACAAGAUAAAAAACACGGAGAACCAAGAGGAUUUGAUCAAACGAUUGGAUACGAUGAAGAUGUUGAUUGUUGAGGGACGGAAUUAUGUGUUGCUUGGAAAAAACUUGUUUUAA